UUCGAAUUUCGUGAUCGCUCGGCCCUUUCCGCUUCUCUCGCAAUCAGCUGUUCCUCGCAACGUACCGAGUAACGUGCACGUGGUCGCCCACGGCACAGUAUAUAGCGAUUUGCCGGCAAGAUACAGAUCGAAUCUAAAAAAAUGGCACCACGGAAGCAAGUGAAGCAGGCGGCGGCGGAGACCACCGUGGCCUUGGCUGAUGCCGAUGGCAACGUGACGCCGCCGAAGAAGAGUAAAACUGUCAAAAAAUCGACAGUCGCAGCGUCGAUGAAACAGGCCAAAACGGCGGCACCUCGGCAGCUGAGGCAAGUGAAGGAGCGCCAGGCGGUCACCAUGUUCUCCCCAAAGUAUUUACGGAGUAGAAACAAGGACGUCGUUCCAAAAAAUGUUGCGGAGAACGAGCCCAAGAAGGUGCCGAUUAACAAGCAGAAGAAGGAGGAAGCGGUGGUGGAGGACAACGAGAUAGGUGAAAAGGUCGUCAAGAACAAAGUACAAAAAAAAGCGCCCACUGUCGCCAAAUCCGCGGUAAAAAAGGCGGAAGAGAAUCCGCCGAAGAAGACUCGUGGCGGGAAGACUGUAGAUGAAGAGAACGUGGCACCACCGGCGAAGGUACGAUCCGUCAAACAACCGAGAAAACGCCGGAAUGCCCAGACAGAAGUUGCGGAGCCAGAGGAAAAGAAAAGUAUAGAGACAAUCAGAGCCAGCAAGGAACCUCGCGAAAAGGCAAAAAAGACAGCCAAAACUACAGCGAAGAACGGAUCAAAAAAGAAUUCUUCAAAAUCAGAGAUGAUUAUUCCAGAAAUUGAAGCUGAAUUAGGUACUGAAGAUGGCCAAAACAUAAUAAUAGAAGAAGCCAAGAUAAAAGAGGAGGACACAUAUGAAAAGAAUUUUGCAAAAGCAAAGGUUAUUAUAUCAAAAAUGGAAACUAAAUUAAAAAUUGAAAAUGGUCAGACAAAUACAAUGGAAGAAGAUAUAGCAAUCAUUUGUCUUUUCUUCUAUCUUUUCUUCUUGUUUAAAAGGAAAAUACAUAAGAAAUGUGAAUACAGCAAUACUUCAUUGGCUGAAAAUGAUGAGAAAGAUAUUUCUAUGGAUGAAUAAUAUUUUAGAAGAAGAAAAUAAUGAGAUUGCAAGUACACAAUAAAAGAUGUCCAAAUGAAAAUAGAAAACUUAAAUAAUGAAUUGGAAAGGUUUGCAAUUUUUCUGUGCUCUAAGUAAAGUUACUGUUGAAGGAAUAAGUGAAACUAAGGAAUUGGAAAGGGAAAUAUUACCAUAUUUUAUAUAUAAUUAAAAUAAUACACAUAAGAGUAAUGAUUUGUAAGAUAAUCUAAUGUAACCCUUUGUAAUAUAUUAUCUCAUACAUAAAUACUUUGAUUCUCUUUAUAUAUAUUAUUGGUAAAAUAUUAAAUAUUAAAUAUAUAGGAGUUUAUAAGAGCCAAAUUAUUCACACAUACAAAGAUGUUA